AUGAUGGGGAUGAUGGGGAUGAUGGGGGGUGAUGGGGAUGAUGGGGAUGAUGGGGAUGAUGGGGAUGAUGGGGAUGAUGGGGAUGAUGGGGAUGAUGAUGGGGAUGAUGGGGAUGAUGGGGAUGAUGGGGAUGAUGGGGAUGAUGGGAUGAUGGGGAUGGGGAUGAUGGGGAUGAUGGGGAUGAUGGGGAUGAUGGGGAUGAUGGGGGAUGAUGGGGAUGAUGGGGAUGAUGGAGAUGAUGGAGAUGAUGGGGAUGAUGGGGAUGAUGGGGAUGAUGGGGAUGGAUGGGGAUGA